AUGUUUGACUGUAAAGGAUCGUCGCUGUCCGUUGUGUUGUUACUUGUCGUCAUCGCGAUGCUAGCGCCAUCUAGGUGUGAAACCAAGAAGCAGUUCCACAGCCGCUUCUCGAUCAGUGCGAGUCACCGGGUGGUAACCGACGUGGUGUCCCGCGAAGCCUACAUGAAAUCGAUCCCGUUGCGCGUCCUGGACUGCCUGGAGCACGCUUCGCUGCUGGACUGUGGCAAGCUGUACCUGCUGCAGAAUAUGGAAGCGAAAAGUUACCGUUUCGCCAACACCGGCAACCUCACGCACGACAUCCAGCAGCUGCUACUGCCCGGCUAUCGAGCCGCGGACAAUAAACUCUUCAGCGACAAGCUGUUGGCACUGAACGGAACCGACGUGAACCAGCGGCUUGGUCGUGGCCUGCGCCUGAUGCUCCACCAGCGCAUCGUCGAUUUGACGCUGGUGCCGGGUGUGUCCGUGCGACUGACGCCGAGCGACUCCAACCAGCUCGAAUUUUCCGUCCGCAAGGAUGUGGCCGUUGCGGAUGGCGAAGUUGGGCGCGACAAGGCAAAGAAGGGACUCAAGACGGUGCUUCAGUUUAGCGUGCCGUUGAUUCUACUUCCCUCGAUGCUGCUUGCUGGCGUGCUACCGAUGAUCCUGCCCGUGCUCAAGUUUGCCACCAUCUUUUCCAGCAUCGUGAACCACGCGGCCUUGGCAGCGGCCAUCAUGUACUUGGCAAAGCAGCACGCGGCCGAACAGGAGAGCAAGCAGACGGUCUACUUUAACGCCGGCUACAACUGA